GUAAUCUCAUUUUCCUCGGAGAUUGGGUGCAAACUCUGCGAGACAACUCCGGAGCACCGCUUAGACAACUGGAUACUGAUGCACUGUGUGGUGUACUGCAGAUCUUGUUAGAGGAAGAGCACUAUCUGGUGUUGCAGUACACAGUCAUGUUCCUGGUAGAUGUCUUGCCGGCCAUAGAGGGCCAUUUGCACGCCAGGGUGUCCGCCUUCGUGCUGGACAGGUACUGGGAGAAGCUGCCACUUGUACACUAG